AGCUAUUUUAUCACGAUUCCAUGUCAGAAGCUAAACUGAUUAUAUAAGACAGAGCUGCGGGAGCCACAUCUGUAAGCCGUACCAUGCAGUUGGCUAUCUCUGCAUAGGUACGCUCUGUGUGACGAUUGCGAAUGGGGCUAGUGAUCAUGAGGUCAUCACUGGUCUUUCAAGCUAUCCUCUUGUAUCACAUGUCAACCCCUGACACACAAAUUUCAACAGCUCGCUUCUCUCCACUUUGAAUACCUAUGUCGUUGAAUAUGGGAGAAGCGGCGGAUACGUCGCUCGAAAAGUUGGCCGGUAAACGCGCGUGUGAAAAUUGCAGAGUAAAAAAGAUUCGGUGCAACAAAGCAGAGCCAUGCUCGCACUGUAGAGCGAGUAAGACAAUAUGCCAAACAGUCGAGCCCGUACAAAAGACCCAGAAGCAGAGGGUCCACAUAUCCGAAGAAUACGAGAGGAAAAUAGACCGCCUCGAAGGCCAGCUUAACAGCAUCAAUGAGGCGCUCUUCCUCAUUGCCUCGAGAUUAGACGAAAAAGAGGCCCACGUAGUUUCCAGAGAACAGAUCAGCCAACGAAUUCCCUCGGCCGUUCAGAAGCCUUUGAAUGACUCCACCACUGAAACAGAUGCGUUGGCACCUGUACCCUAUGAGGGUGAGACUGGAAUCAGUACGCAGUCAGGUUAUGUACGAGAGCUGCUAGUUCAGGCGGUUGGUGGCACUCCGUCAGUCGGUCGGAACGCAGAAGUCAACAGUUCUUUAGCUGCGCUGGAAAAGCUCGUCACUCAGCAAAAAAACUGCGAUACUGUCUCUAUAAGAUCGACCAUCCGACCGUUGAUCGACCGCUCGCUUGCAGCCACUGAUAUCGCCAACCUAGCGCGGCCUCCUUGGAGCGUGGUGAGGAUCGCCAUAGACAAAGCCACAAAGCAUCCGACUAUGAUCUUCGCCGCUCUUUUCUCCAUGUUGAAGAUGGAAAACCUGCGUGAGAUUAUCGAGGACUCCUACCAUCAUCCGGUCAUAUGCGGGGCUCCACGUCGUCUCCUCGCAUAUGGCGUGCUGUUCAACAUCUUUACGGAAUACUCGGUAGUGCCAUGGCCCGGUAUCGAUAAGACAAGUUUGGUGGAAUAUGCAUCCAUGUCUAGAACACACUUAGAAGUGGCGAUAAGUCAACUCGAUAUGUUCCUACCAGCUAGCUAUGAAAGCAUCAUGGCUUUAAGUGUAGGCACAGCUUGCGCGGUUGAGAUGUGCAAACCAUCACUUGCCUGGGUCUUAAUUGCCAACGCCGCUGAGCGGUGUAAGAGUCUUGGCUACCAUCGAUUCGAAACCAUGAGAAACGACCCUGAAGAAGAUCAACGGUCUAAGAUUCACCUCUUCUGGAUGAUAUUCAUGUUUGACAAGCAGUUAUCCUUGCGCCUAGGACGAGCAAGCACUAUCCAGGACUGGGACGUCUCGUUGCCUCUUCUUGCUACGAAAAAGACGCCCGUAAACAGCUUUGAAGAGAGCAACAUGAUCGUGUACUGGGUCAAGGUUGCAAAGAUACAAGGGCAAGUAUACGAAAAACUCUUUAGUCCAGCCACUUUCACCAAGUCUCCCUCUGCUCGAUGUCAGACAGCCCGCAAUCUGGUCGACUCCAUGAAUCAAGCCUGGAAAGAAAGAGGCUCUGCAAGCGUGAUGGACUUCACAAAUCUACUGAGUCCGAAUGAGACUGAAUUGCCUUCCAAGCGCAAGCGCGUUUCGCACGAGGCGAGCCGGACGGCUUUGCUACCCGAUGACUAUAUGCAAAGCUCGUUCGAUCAGGUAGAGGAUGUCUUUUUCCACACGGACGUUGUAGUGCACUACUCGACAUGCGCACUUGUGCUGCGGGCACUAAGUCCAGACAGCAAUACAUUCAAUGAGGAAUGCCUAGAGUAUUCUCGAGCGGCGCUUGUUGCGCACAUGAGAUGUAAUUCUCAGUUCAACACCAAAGCCACCACGCAGUUGUGGUCUGGUUACAUCCAUUGGUCAAUCCUUCAGGCUCCAAUUACUCCAUUCAUGGCCUUGUUCUGCAAUGCAAUCUACAACACUGACCGCACUGACUUGAACUCGCUUACGGGCUUUGUCUCUAGCCUGGAAUCCUGUCGAAAGGUGUCUGAAGGCGCAGAGAGCUUGUACAAGAUGUGCCUUCUUUUCUUGAAGAUUGCAGAAAUCUAUAUCGAAGCGAAAGAAAAAGAGGUCAGAGACACUCAGAUGCACAUACUGACACACGAAGAACCAUAUCGUACCAAUGGGCCACCGAUGGAUGCUGUCUACCACAUCACAACCGCACAAUUCGAUCCGCACCUAAGCGCUCUUGGCUUAGCAUCCAAUUCGGCUUCCUCAUUAGCUGACUAUCCCCCUGGUCUAAAUUCUCAAGCUCCUGGCGACUAUGCAGCGGGUCAGGUUCCUAUAGGCUCAUCAGGUUCGCAGUUUCCAGACUUGGGCUACACAAGCAUGAGUGCAUACCAAAGCUCUAUUCAAGACUGGUUCUCAGGCUCGCGAUAUCUCAUCAAUCUUAUGGACGUAGACAGCGAUCUCCAGAUGCCGGAUAUCAGCAACACUUAUCUGCAAUAAAUAGCCCGUAUGUAAAGCAUGUACCUAGCUUUUUUAUAUGUUCUUGGAAAACAUUCACUUUACAUAGAUAACAUCGUUACUGGUAUACUUCUCUAUCUUU